AUGAAUUCUGAUGAUAUUUCUCAAACACAAUCACAAAGAAAAAAAUUAUCUCUUUCUGAUUAUAUUGGAGAUGACGAUUUAGAAUUUUCAAUUUUAACAUUUUUUGGUGUAUUUGAUUCUAUUUCUAAUGUUCCCAUAAAAACAUUAGGUAAUUUGAAUCGUCAUGUUCGUAAAAAAAGAGAUGAAUUUAGAGAGAAUAAAGUUAGGCCUUUACAGAAAAAAGUUGAUAAAGAAUUAGAGAAAAUAAAAGGACGCGUGACCGAUAAAGUUGAUAAAUUACAGAGAAAAUGGGUAGAUGGGAGUAUGAUUAGGACAAGGAAUAAAGUUGCGUUUGUUCUUGGUGUUGGAAAUGUAUUUUUUUCUGCUUUAUUAAUAGGAAUGUCUCCUCAACACCUUCAUCUUUGGUAUUCGGUUCAAAUUUUAUAUUUUAUGCCUUUAAGAUAUAUUACAUAUCAUCGUAAAGGGAUGCAUUAUUUUAUUGCUGAUUUAUGUUAUUGGGUUAAUAUGAUGUUACUUCUUUAUCUUUGGGUCUUUCCUUCUUCGAAGUUUCUUUUUGUUUCUACUUAUUUUCUUUCUUUUGGAUCUUUAUCUUGGGCAAUUAUUGCUUGGAAAAAUUCUCUUGUUUUUCAUUCUAUGGAUAAAGUUACAAGCUUAUUUAUUCAUAUAUUUCCUCCGACUGUUUUGCAUACAAUUAUUCAUAUUGUUCCUAUAGAAUAUACUUAUAAAAGGUUUCCUGUACUGGAAGAAUUGACAGAUAUUGAUAUAUUUCCUGCAUUUAUAGCAACUUCUAUUGCCUAUUUUAUUUGGCAGGCUUUAUAUUAUAUUUUUAUUCAAGUUAGAAGACGAGAAAAAAUUUCUGCUGGAAGACCUACAUCUUUUACAUGGCUUUUAAAAAGUUAUUCAAAUACAUGGAUAGGAAAGCUUAUGUUGAAACUUCCUGAACCUACUCGUCCCUUUGCUUUUAUGGCAAUACAGUAUAUGUAUACUUUAAUAACUAUGGCUCCUUGUCCUUGGUGGUAUUCUCAUAAGAAGUUUUCAACAAUAUUUCUUUCAUCUUUAUUUGCAUGGAGUGUUUGGAAUGGUGCAUCUUACUAUGUUGAUGUAUUUGGUCGACGUUUUCAGAAAGAACUGGAAGAUCUUCGAAGAGAAGUUAGUACUUAUGAAAAUUUUAAUGUUUUAUAUCCAUCAAAAGUUGAUUAAUGAUUUCUGACAAUUCAUUUUUAAA